AUGGAAGACAGUCCUUCCCCCGUCAGCCCAGACCACGAAGCCUCCAAGGGUCCCGACCCCAGAAGCCCGCUGGAGGCCCUGGAGGCCCAGGACAGCUACAGGCUCUUCGCCCGAAGGGACAGGCCAGUGACCCCAGGGGAGGAAGAUGAAGGGUCUGAGGCUAACCUGCAGGACAGGGACCUGAAGAGGAACUACAUCGAGCUUGUCCAAGGCAUGCAGGAGUGGCAGGACGGCUGUGUCUACCGGGGGGAGUUUGGGCUUGACAUGAAGCUUGGAUACGGAGAGUUCUCUUGGCCCACAGGAGAGGUCUAUCGAGGGCAGUUUUACCGGGACCACUGUCAUGGUGUGGGCACUUACACGUGGCCAGAUGGCUCCAGUUUCACUGGCAUGUUUUACCUCAGCCAACGAGAGGGCUAUGGUACCAUGUACAUGAAGACAAGGCUCUUCCAGGGGCUAUACAAAGCGGACGAAAGGUUUGGGCCAGGCUUUGAGACUUACCCUGAUGGCUGCCAGGAUGUGGGCCUGUGGUUCCGUGAGCACCUUGUCAAAUUGUGUAUGGACAUUCCCAGCAGCUUCUCCAUGCUCAGCUACCCAGAGUUCUCAGCCUUCCUCACACAGUGUCAGGAGAGACUUAGUCUCUCCGAGGAGGAGAGAGUGGAGUGGCACCCAUCGGAGGAGCAGGACCCCUUCUUCUAUGAGUACAAGCGGUUUCUUGUGAGUGAUGACCUCACGCUGCCCCCAGAAAUGCACAUCUACUCAACUGACAACCAGCACCUGCCCAUGCCAGACUCUUUCCGCAGAGAGCUGGAUGCCCAGGUCUUCCACAAUGAAAUCCCCCCAUUCAUCGAGGAUGGAGAACCCUGGUUUAUACAAAAUCAGACACCUCUGUUGAUAAAAAUCCAGAAGCAAGCCUACAAGUUCAGGCACAAGAAGGCACACAGCAGCUGGAGCAUGGACGCCAUCCUCCAGGGGAACCGCAGCGGCUUUGCUCACAGGGGUCCCAAGGAGCGGCUCUCCAAGGAGAUGAUCCUGAAGGCCGAGGCCGGCGACUAUGACUGGAUCUACGGGAUGCUGAAGGACAACCUGGUCCACGUCGACGUGGCCGACUCCAAGGGCUACACUGUGCUGGCUGCGGCUGCUGUGCAUUCUCAUCAUGACAUUGUCAACCUGCUCCUGGACUUUGGGGCUGAUGUGAACAAGUGCUCCGAUGAGGGCCUCACCCCGCUUAGCAUGUGCUUCCUCCUCUACUACCCUAGCAAGGCCUUCAAGCCCAACAUUGCAGAGAGGACGGUGCCCCAGGAAAUUCCCACAUUCCUAAGUGCCUCAAAAUACUCCAUCCUGAACCUGGAGUCCAUUUACGAGGCGAACGACAUGGUCUCGAUCAGUGAAGAACGGAAGGCAGCCGUCUCGAGCGGCCUGGAGGACCAGUCCCCCAGCAGCAUGCUGCGGUGGGACUCCUCCUCGAAGCGCAGCCUCGGUGACCUGGAGCAGGUGGUGGAGGAGUCGGAGGGGAACAUCAGCACCGUAUACAGCACCACCGAGACAAACUUCGAGUCCUCCCUGUGUGUGCGCAACUAUACCAUCCAGCUGUCCAGGGACAUCCUGGAGAAGAGCGCCGAGGCGUACAGCAUGCUGCAGGCCCCCGCUUUUCCCGACAAGGGGACCAUGAGGAAAAUGGCGCAGUCCAUGCACGAGCACCGGAACCUGUGGAUGACCAUCCAGCUGCUGCUGUGCCGUGGUGCUGACCCCAACCUGUGCCAAGUGCCCAUGCAGGCCCUCUUCCUUGCUGUGAAGGCUGGGGACGUGGAAGGGGUGAAGCUGCUUCUGGAGAGUGGGGCCAGGACGGACAUCCAGUACCCCCCUCAGCUGCGGUCCCUGACUCCACUCCACAUUGCCGUUUCCCUUCCUGGGGAGGAAGGAGUCAAGAUUACUGAGCUGCUGCUCCAUGCCAUCACCAAUGUGGAUGCCAAGGCAACUGACCAGGAUGAGGUGUACAAGGCCAGCAAGUUGGACCUACUGCCCUCGAGCCUGAAGCUCAACAACGAGCUGGGCCCGCCCAGCAGCUACUACACAGCAGUUCCCACAUGUGUCCCUGAGGAGGGCGGCAGGACAGCUCUGCACGUGGCCUGUGAGCGGGAGGACAGCAGGAAGUGUGCCAGGGACGUGGUUCGCCUCCUCCUCACCCACAGAGCGAAUCCGAACCUGCUGUGGAGCGGCCACUCCCCGCUCUCCCUGUCCAUUGCCAGCGGGAACGACCUGGUCGUGAAGGAACUCCUGUCCAAGGGAGCCGACCCCAACCUGCCCCUGACCAGAGGCUUGGGCAACGCCUUGUGUGUCACCUGUGACAUAGCCUAUGAGAACCAGAGAAGCACAGACAACAAGAUCACCCUGAUCGACCGGCUCAUUAACCACGGGGCAGAUGUCCUGACGCCUGUGACGCUCACCCAAGGCGACAAGGUGGCUGUGGGCACCGUGGUGGACUACGGUUACUUCAGAUUCUACCAGGAUCGGAAGAUUGCCCACUGCCCCUUCCAUGCAUUGCUGCCUGCAGAACGGGAGACGUUCCUGGCCCGGAAGAGGCUGCUGGAGUACAUGGGCCUGCAGUUGCGGCAGGCAGUACUGGCCAAGGAGAGCCAGUGGGAUGCCAGGGAGCUGUACCUGAGCAAGAGGGCGGAGAUGGGCCCCAUCCACAGGCUGAAGAAGAGGAGCAGCAGCCCGACCAAGGCUGUGGAGAAAAAGGAAUCCCUCCCCUUCUUCAAGUUCUGCUACCAGUGUGGCCGCUCCAUUGGUGUCCGCCUCUCGCCCUGCACGCGCUGCUAUGGCAUCCUGACCUGCAGCAAGUACUGCAAGACCAAGGCCUGGGCAGAGUUCCACAGGAAGGACUGCAACGAGAUGGCGGCCACGUAUGGCGAGGCCCUCCCUGGUGGCUCUUCUCACUUAGCUCUGCCCUUGGAGGAUGAGCGCGCCAGGGUGGAAGAGUUGCAGUGA